CGCAGCGCUUGUCCUUUGGGCCGUAGCCGUGGCUUGGCAGCAAACGCUGUAGUUCUCUUUGUUCCUACACCUCUUCGCUGUUGCACCGCGACAACGGACGUCUCCGCGUGCGCCAGCCGUCACACAAGCUAGCAAGAAGCAGCAGAGCCACCAUGCGCACGCGACUGUACGCCAUCGCGGCGCUCGCACAAUUAGCACAUGCUUCAGACCCGCUGUCCUACCACGGCGGCUCCAUUUUAGCGAUGGCCGGCAGGGACGCCGCGGUGCUCGUCCUCGACAAGCGCAUCGGCGCCGGAAACAAUCUCAUAGGAGACGAGUGCUGCCGCGUGCUCGAAGCGUCAACGCGCUCCCUGCUGGCGGUGCGCGGUAUUCAAGGAGACGUGCAAUCGUUGCUCGAGGACGUCGCGGCGCGGCUACGACUGCGACGCCUCGAGGAGGGCGACGACGCGUGCCAAGAGCCCAAAACGCUCGCUUCCCUAGUUUCCGUGAUGCUCUACGGGCAACGAGCGCGGGGCGGCGCGCCCGGGUAUAGUGUCGAGCCCGUCAUCGCGGGCCUCGACAAAGACGGCGCGCCCUUUUUGUGCGCCCAAGACGGGUUAGGAGCAAAAAUGACUUCAAAAACGUUCGUCGUCGCCGGCACGGCGGCCCAAUCGUUGUACGGGUCCUGCGAGGCACUUUAUAAACCGGACCUGGCGGAAGAGGAACUUGUGGAAGCUGCUUGUGGCGCGAUGGCCGCGGGCCUCGACAGGGACUGCCUCGCGGGCCGCGACGUCGCCGUCCACGUCGUAUCCUCGACGGGCGUGCGGCGCGAGGACCGGCGGCUGGGGAGGGAGGCGGUCGCGCCGGCGGGCGGCGCGCCGGCCGGGUUUAGGUGACAUAAAACUCCGC